UGUUGCAGUGUGUUGUCCUGUUUAGCCUGCCUUGCUCGUCUUGUCAGCUUCUGUGGUUUGGUUGAUGAACUUUUUAUCUUACUUGAUGUUGACUAUGAUGUGGAAAGAUAUGAACCUAUCACCAGCGUUGGGACACAGCUGUGGAGUUCAUCUGGAUGCAGCUUCUGAACCAAAGCCAGCAAACUGAGGAUGGGAGCAGCAGUGUGUAGGGAGGAGGUGAAGGGGGAGAAGAGGCGGAGCGUGGGGAUGGAGGACAGCCUGACGUCAGCAGACAGAAUCCGUCGAUUCACCGUCAGACAGUUCGGAUACAACGUCUUGAGUCUGGCUCGCCGAGGACUGAAGGAGGUCCCAGAUGAACUGUGGGAGCUGUUGGAGUUGGAGAAGCUGAACUUGUCUCUCAACAGUCUGAAGGUCCUUCCUCCUCAGCUGGCUCUGCUCUCCAACCUGGUGGUGCUCAACCUCUGGGGCAACCAGCUGAGCAGCCUGCCAGCAGAGAUCGGACAGCUGAGGAGACUCAGAGUCUUGUUUGCCUACAGAAACAGACUGACUGAAGUUCCUGAAGAGCUGGGAGCCUGUACACAACUGGAGGUGUUGAGUUUGGCCAACAACCAGCUGUCCUCACUGCCUGCCUCUCUCUCCAAUCUGACCAGACUGAGGAAACUCAAUCUCAGUCACAACCACAUCGCUCACAUCCCAGGCUGUGUCUACAACAUGAAGGCUCUGGUGUUUCUCCACCUGGCCUGUAACCGUCUGGAGAACCUAGCAGAGAAUAUCCAGGCUCUGGUAGAGCUAAAGAUCCUCAUUGUGGAGGGAAACAGCCUCCACUCUCUGCCUAAGGCUCUGUGCUGCCUCACCAGGCUGGAGUUGCUGAACCUGGACUUUAACGACAUUAAGGAUGUACCACAGGAGAUGCACCAGCUGUCCCGACUGGAGAGGUUGGCCUGCCAUCCUCUGGAUAAAGGGCUGCACAUCAUCCACAACCCGCUGCUGAAGCCCGUGAAGGAGGUGUUGGAGGGGGGGCUCAGCUCCCUCUUCAACUACCUGAGAGCUGUGUGAAGAUUGAACAACAUGUUUCCUUGCAACAUUGUGCAACGUUCUGCAACGGACUUCGAGGCAUGUUUUCUC